AGGUCCUGCAGUUUUUGGGCCUGAUAAUGUUUCUAUGACUUGCCCUCAUUGUAACGUGAGGAUUACUACUGUUACAACCAGAACAAAUAAGACUUGUACACAUCUGUGUUGUUGCUGCAUGUUUUUUAGUGUAAUCUGUACAUUGUGUUCUUGUCUGCCAUAUUGCUGCUGUGAUCCUGAAAGUGUAGAACAUACUUGCCCUAAUUGUUCAGCAAGGCUCGGUGUCUACUACAGUUAA